ACUGAAGGAUGGUCGGUACAGCUUCACAAGGGCAGCAGCCUCCACAGACUGUGUGUUAGGAAGACAAGGAUGACUGUUGAGCUCUGCCAUGGCUCAAAGCACCUGGUGGCCCUAAGCACCCACUACCCCUGGCCCCUUUCUCAGGUCCAGCACAUCUCAGAAGACUGGCACCUCAGGAACCUGCAUUCAGGGUACAUUUAGAGUACACACUAAGUGUGUUAAUAAAUUAAGCUGACUAAGUGCUACUGCUCUACUCCUGCAUCCGUUACUUUCGAAAAUACUAUUUAUUGCAACAGAUCGGUGGCCAUUUGAAAAUGCAUAUUCUUCUUGUCCCAGGUGGGUUAAUCACAACUUGUAGACAGAAUCCAAGAUUGCUUGCUUUGGAAAGAUUUGCUCUGGCCCUGUAAUUUUUAUACUCAUAGGGCAAUUUUCAUUAAAGCUAUAUUAGUCCAUUUUCAUACUGCUAUGAAGAAAUACCCAAGACUGCAUAAUUUAUAAAGAAAAAGAGGUUUAACGGACUCGCAGUUCCACAUAACUGGGGAGGCAUCACAAUCAUGGUGGAAGGUGAAGGAGAAGCAAAGGCACGUCUUACAUGGCAACAGGCAAGAGAGUGCUUUCAGGGGAACUUCCCUUUAUAAAACCAUCAGAUCUCGUGAGACUUAUUCAUUAUCAUGAUAACAGCAUGGGAAAAAUCCACCCCUGAGAUUCAGUUACCUCCCAACGAGUCCCUCCCACAACAUGUGGGGAUUAUAGGAGAUACAACUGACGAUGAGAUUUGGGUGGGGACACAGCCAAAGCAUAUCAAAGACUUACUUUGUUAUUAUGGAAACUCAAAGUAAAAGCUGAUUCACUUGAGUGUGAAAUGAGAAUUCACUUGCUUUUUAAGACUUUUUGUAAAGUAAUUGAAACACUAGGGCUUUAGCAGAAGCCUGGGGUGGGACAAUGAUGAAAAUGAAUAUAGUGCUCAUUCAGGCAAUUGAAAUAAUUUAAAAUCAGUCCCAAUAAGUUCAUUUACUUUCCUGAUCUGAGUAUUGUCAUUGUUUAGCAGGCCCUGAAGAAAAAAUUCACCUUAGUGAUAUUCCUGCUUUGGUGACCUUAAAAUGUGUAAUUGACCUAGAAGUUCUUGAUGAUGAGUCUCUUUUUGGAGCAAUCUUCUUGGGCUUUGGUUUUUACCCUGAGAUUCGUCUGGUGACGUUCUUAACCAUUUGAGUGCUUUAGAAGGGUGCAUAGAUCAAUUUGACCCUCUGAAACAAGUUGCUUUUGAGUCAAAUCUGUACUGCAUCUGCCCAUGUUCUCUUUCUUUCUUUCUUUUCUUUUUUUUGAGAUGGAGUCUUGCUCUCUCGCCCAGGCUGGAGUGCAGUGGUGCAAUCUCAGCUCACUGAGUGCAGUGGCAUUAUCUCGGCUCACCACAACUUCCACCUGUCAGGUUCAAGCAAUUCUCCUUCUUCAACCUCCCAAGUAGCUGGGAUUACAGGCACCCGCCACCACACCUGGCUAAUUUUUGUACUUUUAGUAGAGAUGGCAUUUCGCCAUGUUGCUCAGGUUGGUCUCGAACUCCUGACCUCAAGUGAUCCACUUGCCUCGGCCUCCCGAAGUGCUGGGAUUACCACACCUGGCCCUGCCCAUGUUUUCUCACACCUGGCUCACCUGGAUGUGUGGCUGUCUUUCUCCUUUCCCUGCACAUCCUGUACCAGCUCCUCUACAGGUACCUGAAAGACUCCUAUUACGAAGUCUGAAAAUUAGUGAAAGACACAGAGAUCGACCAGAAGGCCUAUAUGGCCCAGGUGGAAGGCGUCAUCAGUGGUACCUAUGACUAGACCCAGCUGCGGGAUGACAGUGGCCUAUGACAGUGGGCCACUUGUGUACCCAGCUGGUUUUGUGUCCAUCUUUAUGGGGCUGUUCUAUGCCCCUGGCCGAGGCACUGACAUUCACACCCAGAACAUCUUUGCUGUGCUCUACCUGGCCGCCUUGCUGCCUGUCUUCUUGAUUUACCUCCAGACCUACAAGGCACCUCCCUUCAUCUUAUUUUUCAUGUGCCACGCAUCUUACUGUGUUCACUCCGCCUUUGUGCUGCGGCUGUUCUAUGACCCAGCCCUCAGUAUCAGCCUCCUGCUGGUCCGGCGCUGGGGCUGGGGCUGCUGGUGUUCCAGCCUGGCAGCCUCUGUGAAGAUGAAUGUGCUGCUCUGCCCUGGGUUACUGUUUCUUCUCCUCACACAGUUCGGCUGCCAUGGGGCCUUCCCCAAGCUGGGCAUCUGUGUUGGCCUUCAGGUGGUGCUGGGGUUGCCCUUCCUGCUGGAGAAGCCCACUGGCUACCUGUCUCGCUCCUUUGACCUUGGCCGCCAGUUUCUGUUCUGCUGGACAGUGAACCGGUGCUUCCUCCCAGGGGCUCUCUGCCUGCACCGUGACUUCCACCUCGCCCUGCGCCACCUAACCUUGCUCUACUGGUGGGUGUUUACCCUCUACUGGUGGCACAGGAUGGGGGAAUGUAUCUUGUCACUGCUGAAGGAUCCCUCCAAAAGGAAGGUUCCACCCCAGCCCUUCACACCUAACCAGAUCGUUUCUGCCCUCUUCAGCUCUAACUUCGUUGGCAUCUGCUUCAGCCACCCACUCCACUACCAGUUCUAUGUCUGGUAUUUCCACACACUGCCCUACCUCCUGCGGGCCAGGACUGCACACUGGCUCACACACCUGCUCAGGUUGCUGGUGGUGGGGCUCAUGGAGCUCUCCUGGAACACACACCCCUCCACAUCCUGCAGCUCUGCUGCCCAGCCUGUGUGCCGUGCUGUCCUCCUGCUGCAGCUCUGGCUGGGCCUGCAGCCGUUCCCCAAGAGCAUCCAACACAGCAAGAAAGUUCCCGAAAUCCACCCCUUUCCCUCCAGUGCACUCUCAGGACCUGGGGGAGUGAUAUACUCUGUGCCCUUCCAAAUAAACCUUGCCAAGUCCAAUACACACACACACACACACACACACACACACAGACUUCCUCUCUCUAUAUAUAGAGGGACUUACACAGGAUGUGCAGGGAAAGGCGACAGCCAGCCACACAUCCAGUCAAAAUCCCUGAGACUUUUACGUAUCUCGAUCAACAAUGCUAUGGCUACAAUAUUGACACAAAGACACAGAAGGAAGCUGAAUUCACAGGAGUACACAGGGAUCUUGUAUUAUCUGCUGGAUUAAUCCAUUUGUAUAAAGUAUGCUAAUUUUACAGACGUUGGU